GACAACGAGGUGACAUACUUUUAGGACGGAGUAGCUUUCUGUUUCUUUAGUACUUCGGAGUUUGGAGGCCAAGAGGUCAUGGGCAAGUUCAAGACGAUUUGUGUCUACUGUGGGAGCAAACCAGGGAAUAGACAGAUUUUCAGUGAUGCAGCUCUUGAGCUUGGAAGAGAACUUGUGCAGAGAAAGAUAGAUUUGGUAUAUGGAGGAGGGAGCGUUGGGCUUAUGGGGUUGGUUUCCCAGGCUGUUCUAAAAGGUGGAUGCCAUGUUCUUGGAGUUAUCCCAGCUGCUCUUGUUCCACUUGAGAUAUCGGGACAAGCAGUGGGUGAAGUACAGAUUGUAUCGGAUAUGCAUGAACGCAAGGCUGAGAUGGCUCGCAGAGCAGAUGCUUUUAUCGCGCUUCCAGGAGGAUAUGGGACAAUGGAGGAGUUGCUUGAAAUGAUAACGUGGUCUCAGCUUGGAAUCCACGAGAAACCAGUGGGUCUCUUAAAUGCAGAUGGAUACUAUGACUGCUUACUUGGACUGUUUGACAAAGGUGUCCAGGAAGGCUUUAUAAAGCCUUCAUCAAGGAACAUUGUCAUCUCUGCAAGGACCCCUGGAGAACUGAUACAGAAAAUGGAGGAAUAUAUCCCAAUUCAUGACCAAGUUGCACCAACCAAAAGCUGGAAAGUGGUAGGACCAACCAUGCCAAAAAUGUAGCCGCUACUUCCUUCAGCAAUCUUUCAAAGAAAAUUUGUUGUUUCUUUUGUACUUCAUUUAUUCAAUCUUAGUACAAGAGUUUGUACUUCAGAUUACAAAAACCGACCAAAACUUGAAACUGAGGGAAGGCUGAGAGUGGAAGAGAUUGUUCUGUAUUUGCCAAAUAAUGAGUCAAGUGAAGGAAGCACAAAGCCUGUGGUUUGAAAUGUCAAGUUGGACCUUUGAGAACUAAUUACAUUAAGAAACCACUCAUCAUUCAACUGCAGUCAUUUCAAAUCCAUAGCUUCCAAAUGUAUCAUAUGUUCAUGAGUAGGUAAUGUACAAAUUCAUCCACCGAGUUCAAUCUGCCACUGUAGGCCCAUCUGAUACAGCCUGAAAAAGAGAUAUGCAUUGUGAAUUGCAAUAUAAUCCAUCCUUCAUAGAUGGAUUCACUGCACCAAAAGCAGCAAGCGAUCUAGGAGUAGUAAAUCAAGCUCAUUGACCAAUCCAUUCUUCUACAUGAAUUUUCAAAAUCCCAUACAGGUGCUGAACAGGUAAAAAGAAUUGAUCCAGAUAACCCUGAAUUUAUCAUCAAUCCUUACUUAUCUUGCAUUUCUACUCUUGUUUUUCUUUAAAAAGAUAGCCAGAAAAGAAAAAUAGAUGAAGGGACUUUGUCUCACAUUCAAAGUAUCUCAAAAACAGAUAAAUGGAUAUAAAUCAAAAGAAACUCAAUUGUGAAAACUGUUAAAACAUAUCAUACAGAAGCAAACUAGAUACAAACAAUGUGGUGGG